AAUUAGUAUACACAUCUACUUUCAUUCUUACUAUUUACUUUUAUUUCCUCAACAACCUAUGUGUCUUCAUGAUCAUUCAUUUAUUCCUUUUUGUUUUGUUUUGCUAACAACUAUAUACCCGCAUUACGCCAUUCGUCGUUCACUCCCUUCCUCCCGCUCAUCCCGUCGUCCGUUCCAUUCCGCUGCCCCAAUAGUAUCCGAAUAUGCCAAUGCGAAAUCAACUAGUUAACAGCAUGUUUUUAAUUGACUAACCCACAGGUCAAAACCCAAGCAAAAUAAUACCCUCCCAAAUA